AUGGCCAAGGGACCUCCGUGCCCAGCCAACGAGAAAACGCCUAUGAAACGGGUCGUUGGAUAUUUCGAAAGCAGUGGGAAGCCCAGGCGCAGGUGCCAUACCGUCGAGCCAGAGGACAUCCCCAUCGGCGUUUACACGCACAUCAACUACGCCCAUGCUCACAUAGACCCCGAGUCAUUCCGUAUCUUUCUAGCCAGAUUACGCGAUGUCUCUCUCUAUCGAGAUGUAACCGGAUUGAAGAAGCGCAACAAGAACCUCAAGGUGUUUAUUUCAAUCGGCGGCUGGGCUUUCACCGGGCCAGGCCUUACCAGAGAGACAUUCUCGAGGCUUGCAACAGACCCAGAUAAACAGAGGGUCUUUUUCUCGUCUCUGGUGUUCUUCAUGAGCACGUACGAUUUUGAUGGUGUCGAUAUUGACUGGGAGUAUCCCGGUGCACCGAACCGAGGUGGCCGUCCCGAGGACUUUGAAAACAUGCCCGUGUUCAUUGCGAAUCUGCGUAAAGCCUCACAAAGCUCGGGCACGGGUCGGACGGGCGUCUCCGUGGUAUUACCCGUAGCUUAUUGGUACCUGCAGCAUUUCGAUAUCAAAAAUAUAGCCCCAUACGUCGACUUCUUCAACGUGAUGUCUUACGACCUGCACGGAACGUGGGAUAAGACGAGCAAAUGGGCAGGGCCGUACCUCAACUCGCACACCAACCUGACCGAGAUUACCGAGCAUCUGGGCCUGCUGUGGCGCGACGAUAUAGACCCUGCCAAAGUCAACAUGGGCUUGGCAUUCUACACUCGUCACUUGACCGCCGCAAGCCUUGAUUGUAUGGAACCCGGCUGUAUAUACGACAUCGCCGAGAUCAUGGACCUUGCGGAACAGCCCGGACCUGCCGCGGUUCUUGAUCCGGAGGCCGCUGCCAAGAUCCUGCAACGCGGUCGCCAAUGGGUCACGUACGACGACGAGACGACAUGGCACUUGAAGCUUACGAGGGCCCGGGAACUGUGUCUCGGGGGCGUCACGGUGUGGGCGGUUAGCCAGGACGUAAGCAGCGGUCGCUUCUCCCGCGAGUUGCAGGCCGCGACCGGCUACAGCUCCCCAGGGUCCGCCGAGUACGAUAUGGGUAACGGCGAGAUGCUCCAGACUGCUGUUGGCGAAACUCUGACUGACCAGUGCCGGUGGUCUGGAUGCGGCAAGGAGUGUCCUAAUGGAUACUUGGCCGUGCCUCGACGCGAGGGCUCUCGCAUGAAAGGCGUCAUGCGAGAUCCGACCGGCUGCAUCGGCGGACAAACGUCGGUAUUCUGCUGUCCGGCCGAUAGGAAUAUGCCGUGGUGUAUUUGGAGCGACUUUAAUAAUGGCCGCUGCGGAAAGGAGAAUCAAUCCCAAUGUCCUAGUGGAUGGUCUGAGAUUGGGAGUCACUCGUUAGCCUGCCGGUCCAAUUCCCACUGGCAGGUCGCUUGCUGUGCAGCGACCGGGGAUUUCACCGACCUCUCGAUCAGGAACUACGCCGCAUGCAGCUGGCAGGGUACGCCGCCGAAAUGCAGCUUCGACAAGGGAACUGACUCUGCCUGCAACAACGCUGAUGGCCGCCAGUACCUCAUGGACUCAUACGGCGGCAGCGGUGGGGCCCAGUGCAGCGGAGCUGACGACUCCGAAUCCCCCCGUGCAUAUUGCUGCGACGUGGACUCUCAGAGUCAUGCAGACUGGGGAGAUUCGGCAGGUCUAGCCCAAGCCAGCCCAGCACGUCGCCAGUCCUCCGAUUUCGCCACGGCUACCGGAACCCAAUUCACCAUUGACGGAGAGACCGGGUACUUCGCCGGCAGCAACUCGUACUGGAUUUCCUUCCUGACAAACGAUGCCGACGUGGACCUAGUGAUGGACCACUUCUCGAGCUCCGGGCUGAAGAUCUUCCGUGUCUGGGGCUUCAACGACGUCAACUCGGAGAGCAACCAGGUCUGGUACCAGCUCCUGUCUGCGUCCGGCUCACGUAUCAAUACCGGCGCCAACGGGCUUCAGCGGCUAGACGCCGUAGUCGCAUCGGCCGAAAAGUACGGUGUCAAGCUCAUCAUCAACUUUGUCAACUACUGGGACGACUACGGCGGCAUGAACGCUUACGUCAAGGCCUUCGGUGGCACCAAGGCUGGCUGGUACACCAACGACAAAGCGCAGACGCAGUACCGCGCGUACAUCGCGGCUCUUGUUAGUCGAUACAAGGACUCGAAAGCCGUUUUCGCGUGGGAGCUCGCCAAUGAGCCAAGAUGCCAGGGCUGCCAGACGGAUGUCAUCUACAAUUGGGCCAAGGCCACUUCGGAAUAUGUCAAGUCGUUGGAUCCGAAUCACAUGGUGACGCUGGGUGAUGAGGGGUUCGGUAUUGCGGGUGGGACGAGCUAUCCGUUCCAAUUCUCUGAGGGUGUAGACUUUGCGAAGAAUCUUGCGAUUGAGACGCUUGAUUUUGGUACCUUCCACAUGUACCCCGAGUCUUGGAGCGUGGACUCGACCAACUUUCCAAUUGAGUGGAUCAAGGCUCACGGAGCUGCUUGUGUGGCCGCUGGGAAGCCGUGCCUGUUGGAAGAGUACGGAAUGACAACGAACCAUUGCGGCACCGAGGCGCCGUGGCAAAAGGCCUCGCGAACGACGGAGGGCGUGGCAGGCGAUCAGUUCUGGCAGUGGGGCGACCAGUUGAGCUCUGGCCAGACGCACAACGAUGGACAUACAAUUUACUACAACAGCGCGGACUUUAAGUGUUUGGUGACGGAUCACGUUGCUGCCAUCAAGAGCGGCAAUUAG